UAUUACUCAUUUGUUUGAAGUAAUGCUUCAUUCAUUCUCUCACAUCCCCAAUAUAAUCAAUCAAUCUUCCCUCCUAAGAUUUUGAUUCUCAAAACCACUCUUAACCAAACUCAAAAACCCUAGAUUCUCUCUUUUCAAUCCAUUAAUAAUUCUCUGAGUUUUUCACCCAAAAUAUACUCAAAAUUCUCAAAAUUUCCCCAUUUUUUUGUUGCUUCCCAUCACAAUCACUCACACACCCCAUCUUAAUUUUUUUUUUUUACCUUUUAAUUUCUUCAACUGUUUCUACAAAUUCCCCUUUUCAUAAAUCCCCAUUUCUUUACGUGGGUCUACCCAAAAUUACCACCUUUUGCUCUUUGAUCACCGAAUGUUUUGCAGUUACAGAAGCAACAAUGUCGGAUGACAUGUUGGUUCAUUUUUCGUCAAACUCUUCCAACCAAUCGGAUCAGUCUUUGCCUACAAAGAUUGCUAAGUUGGAAGCUCGAAUGGUUGGAAAAGCUUCCUCUGCUGCUUCCCAGCAACAAGGUUGGUCCUCUGUUUCUUCAGCUGGGAAAUACAGUGGACCAGCUGAAGAGUUGGUUGAACCUUGCAGUUCCAGUGAUUCUGAUGAUGAUAAUGGUGGCGAAUUCUUGAUUCAAGCCAACACGCGGAAGCGCCUUAAACUUCAAGAAGAUGAUAAUGCUGAUGUUUUUGAACGUGUUGAGGUUGUUGCUGAUGGAAGACAAACCAGUUUGGAGGCCGUGGAGACAAAAAAUAAUGUUGAUGCAAAUAGAAAGAAAUCUGGUCGUGGAAGAGGGAGUUCUGGUUCAGGUAGGGGUCGUGGUUCCAAAAGUAAUGAUCAGACCAGAACACAAAUUUCUCCCCCAACAAUUUCAUCCUCAAAUGGCCAGAUUGAGAAUAAAGAUGGUAGACUCAGAGAUCAGUUUCAUAAUGAUAAUAGUGCUUCAUUAGAGGAUGAGAAUGCAUCUUUACGUGCAAAAGUUGCUGUGUUGGAGGAAGACUUGCGUAAAGCAAAGCUAGAAACCUCUGAGCAUCAGAACCUUCGCCAACAGUUAGAAAAGGAACUGAAGGAACUGAGAGAUCUUGAACAGCAAAUGAAGCCUAAGAGAACAAAAAUAAUAUCUGAUUUGCUGAUAUCAGUUUCAAAGGCUGAGAGACAAGAAGCAAGGCUAAAAGUACGACAAGACUCGUUGAGACUUGGAAAUGUUGGUGUAAUCAGAGCUGGAACUGUCUUAUCUGAGACCUGGGAAGAUGGUCAGGCGUUAAAGGAUCUGAAUGCCCAGCUUAAACAACUGCUAGAAACAAAGGAGGCAAUUGAGCGGCAGCGCAAGUUAUUUAAGAAAAAACAAUCUGAUAAGACUGAUGGAAUCGAUGCAGAGGCUGGAUUACUGGAAGAUGUUCUCAUUCAUGAUGAAAUCUAUAAAUCUCGACUAGCCAGCAUUAAAAGGGAAGAAGAAGUUGUUUUGCGAGAGAGGGAUCGCUAUGAACUAGAGAAGGGAAGACUAAUUCGUGAAAUGAAACGCAUACGGGAUGAAGAUGGUUCGCGUUUCAACAACUUUCAGAUUCUAAACCAUCGCUACGCCCUUCUAAACCUUCUUGGAAAGGGAGGAUUCAGCGAGGUGUACAAGGCUUUUGACUUGGUGGAUCAUAGAUACGUCGCUUGCAAGCUUCAUGGUUUAAAUGCUCAAUGGAGUGAAGAGAAGAAACAAAGUUACAUAAGACAUGCAAUUCGGGAGUAUAACAUUCACAAGACCUUGGUCCAUCGUCACAUUGUUCGUUUAUGGGACAUCUUUGAGAUUGAUCCAAAUACAUUCUGCACUGUUCUAGAGUAUUGCAGCGGGAAAGAUCUUGAUGCUGUUCUUAAAGCAACGCCUAUUUUGCCUGAGAGGGAGGCUAGGGUCAUUUUAGUUCAGAUUUUUCAAGGCCUUAUUUACAUGAAUAAAAGAACACUGAAGAUUAUUCAUUAUGAUUUAAAGCCGGGAAAUGUUUUGUUUGAUGAGCUUGGUAUUGCCAAAGUAACUGAUUUUGGUCUUAGCAAGAUAGUGGAGAAUGAUGUGGGAUCCCAGGGCAUGGAGCUUACAUCUCAGGGGGCUGGAACAUAUUGGUAUUUGCCGCCUGAAUGCUUUGAGCUCAGCAAAACACCUCUUAUAUCAUCCAAGGUUGAUGUCUGGUCUGCUGGUAUUCUGUUCUACCAAAUGCUCUUUGGCAGGCGUCCUUUCGGACAUGACCAAACACAAGAGAGAAUACUUCGUGAAGACACAAUUAUUAAGGCACGCAAGGUCGAAUUUCCCCCUAAACCUACCGUUUCUAAUGAGGCAAAGGAAUUUAUUCGGCGGUGUCUAACAUAUAACCAGGGCGAGAGACCAGAUGUAUUAACCAUAGCUCAAGAUCCAUAUCUCACUUACUUAAAGAAGUAGUGAUGUUCAUUGACAUGGCUUUGUUACCCUCACCCCACCAAAAUAAAGCAUAUGGGGGGGACUUAUCAUCAAACUUCAGACACUGAAUAUAUGUCAAAUUUUGUAUAGCCUGUGAAGAUUUUCUGAUCUCAAAUGAGGCAGAGAAAGGAUGUUUCCCCAUUCUCAAAGGAAGUCUUGUUGUCUUCACACAUUUAUCUUCUGGUUCAAAAUAUUGGAGUGGCAAAAGGCAAGUUGGUUUUACUUGUGACCUUAAAACGGUCAUGAUGUAUAGGUGAGAGAAGGUUUUCUUGAUUUUUUUUAAUAAUCUUCUUGCCACCAUUAUAGGAUUUUAUUGCAUAUUGAUUGGCUACUUUUUUCUUUUAAUUUGUGGAGAGUUGUUUUAAAGACAAAAUUUGGUUAAGGGUUUGUUUGUGUUAAAUUGGACUAACCAUAUGGGCAACAUCUACCAUGAACUACCCCAAUAGAUGGUUUGGCCUAAUAUGUGGUGCUUGGUACAAAAGUAGUUUUCAACCAUUGGAUGUGAUGUAUUUCAAUCAAACGGCCGUGAUAAAAUAAUGAUAUAAACAUUUUGUUGUUUGCAA